AUGUAUCAGAUAGGUAAUAUUUACUUCAUCACAGCCAUCGCCGUGAUCGGCGGUGGUCUGUUUGGUUUCGAUAUCUCGUCCAUGUCUGCCAUCAUCGGCACACAGCAAUACAAAUGCUACUUCAACCAAGGCCCCAACGGACCUCCUCAAUGCUCUGGCCCGAAGUCUGAUGUACAAGGCGGUAUCACUGCUUCAAUGCCCGGAGGGUCAUUCAUUGGCGCUCUGGCAUCUGGAUUCCUAUCUGAUAUCUUUGGUCGCAAGAGAGCCAUUCAGAUUGGUGCCGUUAUCUGGUGCAUUGGUUGCAUCAUCGUGUGUGCUUCUCAGAACAUUGGCAUGCUCGUCGUUGGCCGUUUUAUCAACGGCUUCAGCGUUGGAAUCUGUUCAGCUCAAGUUCCUGUCUAUGUGUCAGAACUAGCACCUCCCAGCAAGCGAGGAAGAGUGGUGGGAGCUCAGCAAUGGGCCAUCACUUGGGGCAUCCUGAUCAUGUUCUACAUCAGCUAUGGCUGUAGCUUCAUCGAUGGAACGGCUGCGUUCCGUGUCCCGUGGGGUUUACAGAUGAUACCCGCCAUAUUUCUCUUCUUUGCUUUGUUUCUCCUCCCGGAAAGUCCUAGAUGGCUUGCACGCAAAGAUCGCUGGGAAGAUUGCCACAACGUUUUGGCUCUUGUGCACGCAAAGGGCAACCGCGAGGCUCCCUUCGUCCUUCUCGAACUCAAUGAGAUCCGCGAGAUGUGUGAAUUUGAGCGACGGAAUGCUGAUGUUACCUACCUUGAGCUCUUCAAGCCAAAGAUGAUCAAUCGAACCCACAUCGGGGUUUUCACACAGAUUUGGUCUCAGCUCACUGGAAUGAAUGUCAUGAUGUAUUAUAUCACCUACGUGUUUGGCAUGGCUGGUCUCUCGGGUAAUACCAACCUUGUGGCCUCGUCCAUCCAAUAUGUCAUCAACGUCUUCAUGACCAUUUUCGCCCUUGUUUUCAUUGAUCGUUGGGGACGACGAUGGCCCCUAAUCAUCGGCUCGACCUUUAUGGCUAUUUGGAUGUAUGCCAACGCUGGUUUGAUGGCCUCUUACGGCGAACCUGCCCCUCCUGGCGGAGUUGACCACGUCGCUGAGGAGUCCUGGCAAAUCCACGGCGGUGCUGCUAAAGGAGUCAUCGCCUGCACAUAUUUAUUCGUGGCUUCUUUCGCUCCAACUUGGGGACCUGUCAGUUGGAUCUAUCCUCCAGAGCUGUAUCCUCUUCGCGUUCGAGGAAAGGCCGUGGCCUUGACAACUGCGUCAAACUGGAUUUUCAACUUUGCGCUGUCAUAUUUUGUCCCCCCAGCUUUCGUCAACAUCAAAUGGAAGGUCUACAUCAUCUUCGGUGUCUUCUGCACGGUCAUGACGAUCCACGUAUUCUUCUUCUUCCCUGAAACCGCUGGGAAGACUCUCGAAGAGGUCGAGGAGAUCUUUUUGAGCGAUAUCAAACCAUGGAACACCCACGUCAACUACCAUAACAUCAAGAGGGAGGAGAGAGGUGAAGUGGACACUGAGAAGAAACUGAGCUACGCUGUGCAUCGAGAGCGCGAGGACAGCGAACCUACUGCGGUUGGGCAGCAGACUCAGGAAAUUGCGAAAAAUGAGGCGGCUUGA